AUGGAAAGUAAACUAUAAAAUUUUGAGAUCCUAAACAAAUUAGGUAAUAAUGUAUUCUUGAUCUUAUAGGUUCUGGAGCUUAUUCAUCAGUGUUCGUUUUAUAGCAUCUAUUCAUCAUGAGAAUGUAGUUUCAUAUAAAGAAUGCUUUAUUGAGGAUAACAAUUUAUGGUAUGGCAGUUGUUGUAAUAAAGUAUAAUUAUGGAGUACACUGAGGGAGGAGAUCUGUUAUAAAAGAUUUAAAGAUAUGUGAAAAUAAAAUAGAUGAUACCGGAGUUGGAGAUAUGGUAAGUGGGAAUGUAGGUGUUAUAAGGUUUUAGAGCUUUGCAUCAUAAAAAAAUAUUGCAUAGAGAUUUGAAGUGUGCAAAUAUCUUCUUAUAUGAAAAUGGACAUGUAGAACUAGGAGAUUUUAAUGUAUCUAAAAUGGCUAAGAAUGGACUUGUUUAUACAUAAACUGGUACUCCAUAUUAUGCCAGUCCAGAGGUUUGGUAAGACAAACCUUACGAUCAUAAGGCAGAUCUCCGGUCAUUAGGAUGUGUCGUAAAUGAAAUGUGUGCCUUGAAACCGAAUUCUUAUUCCCACAUUCUAUAAUUAGACCCUUUAGAGCUAAAGAUAUGGAUGGUCUAUAUAAAUCUGUUCUUAAAGAACAAUAUUAACCAAUCCCUGUAAGCUAUUCCUAAGAAUUAGUGUAACUAAUCAAAAGUAUGAUACAAGUUCAACCUUCAAAUCGUCCUGAUUGUGGUACUCAUGAAGUGAUAAUAUAGAAAAAUUGCUAUAAUUCUCUUUCAUUUAGAAGAAAGCCAAACUAUAUGGCAUUCCUUAGAUAAAUGAUGAAAUCGAGGAUGAUUUGUUAAAGACCAUC